AUGUCCGCCGACGAUGAUUCCUCCGAGCUCUCGUCCUUGUCUUCGUUGUCGCCUGUGCCCUCCGAUGACGAGCUGGAUGUCGCUGGCGACGAAGAGCCCUCCAAGGCCAAGGGCGGCAUCCUGAAGUUCUUCCCUAAGCUUUCGGAACAGCCCCCAAAGGAACCGUCACCGCCGCCGCGCAAACGAUCCCCCUCGCCGCCCCAUGAAUAUGUGCUGGCAGAUAAUCCUGAUAUCGCUUUCAUUGUCAUGUUCCGAAGCCGAUUCCACGACGCUUUCCCUAAAUCCCUUGCUCAUUUCGGACCCCAAGAACUUGAGCGAGAUGUUGUCGAAUCUAUUCCGGGCGAUCGAGUGGAACAUUUUCUCUGUGCGCUGCUAGGCCUUCUCCUGAAUCGCAAGCAAGACGUCAAACCGGGACAUUACGGUCGAGCACUUGAGGAUGCCGUUAGUACCCAUAAGAGCCAAUGGGCUCCUGCUUGGGAGGAAAAAAGCCCGUUGUCUGGUGGCGGGACCUUCACCUCCAUGAACCCCACGGAACGACUUACACUACUACGAACCCUCAUCCUCUGGACCCUCGCGUCGUCUGACGUUGUCAAGGGCUUGAUCAACCAGUCCUACAAACAGAAUCGGCACGAAGAUGACGUGAACCAGCCAAGAGCAGUGCAGCCAUGGGGCUCGGAUGGCGACAAGCGCCGGUAUUUCCUAAUCGAGGGCCAGGACGAUACGGCUUUCCGCAUCUAUCGAGAAAGCAAUCCUGCUGGUGCGAACCGAACGUGGUGGAGCGUUGCCGGUACGAUCGAUGAACUCACCGCCCUGUCCGACAAGCUUGAGACAAAGGACGGAGGACCAAAGGCAAAGAAGCUUAGCCAAAAGAUGUUGCAAGCCAUCCCUCGGUUCGAAGCUGGCGAAGAUAAACGCAAGCGUCGCGAGUAUCGUUUGCUGCGCAAGGAGCAGUUUAAACGUCCAGAGCCGGGGUUCUCAAUGUAUGAAGGUCGUACCCGUGGAAAGAAGAUGAAGUACACAUACUCGGACGACGAAGACGUGUCCUUCUCGGACUCCACCACCAGACGCUCAACUCGAAAUACCGGAACCAAUACCCCAGCCGAGCCUGGGCCCGUCACGACUUCGAGUGGGAGGCAGAUUAGAGCAUCUACCCGACUGAACGCAACUACCGGGAGCAGUGCCCCUGGAAGUGUGCAGGGCGAUACCUCUGAACUAGAAAAAGAAGGCUCCGUGGGCCCAACUGGCCGACCUCGAAGGUCAGCAGCCGUGAAUCAUGGCACAACUGGCUGGGCAGCAACCAGCAACCGUUCCCGGCGGAAUGUCGAUGAGUCGGAUGAUGAGAGCGAGGCAGAUUUCGGAGAUGAUGAAGGGGACGUUGACGCGCACGUACCUGAGGAGUCCGAAGAGGAAGAUGAGUUUGAUGAGGACGAAGCCAUGGUCGAUGAUGACCUGGGUGAUGAACCACAAAGUCUGGUUGUAAAGUUAUCGGUUACGCCACCGCAACUGAAGCGCGUGUUGGCGCCAAACCUGCAAGCUGGCAACGCCCUUCCUCUAUCCAGCCUACACGAGAGAGGUGGCGAAUCCGAGGCACUACUCGUUGAGAUGCAGGACGCUCCAACCGCAUCGUCUCCUAAAAAUACAACGGACGCUGAGCAUGGGUCUAAGACUGAGGCUCUGGCAGGCCGAGGCCGGCACUCCCCUGAACCAGAUUCCAAGGCCGCCGACUUCCAAGCAGCGACGCCAGCACCAAUCCAUGUGACCCCUCUCGCUUUUAGAGGAAGCCCAGAGAAGCCACACGCGCAGCCGCUUCCUCGGCCCCUGGAUAUUGGUGCUAAGGAAUAG